AUGGUUGACCAAUCUAGUGAACUUGAAGUAGAGAAAAUUGAACAGAGGAUCAUCCGUUUUGUUUUAUUUUUUUUUCUUUUGCAGGAUAGUGAGACAACUCAAAAAGUUGAUGAAGAUUUGGAUGCCAAAAAGCAGAAUAUAGAAGGCUGCGCAGCAGAGAACAAUUUUGAGGCAUCUGAAACAGCUGAUUUUAUUUCAAGCAAAGAAAAUCAGAGCAUGGAAGAUACUAAAGAAGGCCUCCUUUCUUCCACGGUUGAAAAAGAAACUGUGGAGGAAAGCUCACAAGAAAAUGAAAUCAAAGCCGUGAAGUUAAAAGAAGAGGUUGAUGAACUGAGUUCAGCAUUCAUACAAAAGAUUGAGGAAACAAAUUCUAGAAAGGAAACGGUUUCUGAGACUUUAAAGGACAGUGCAGAAUCAAAUGUCAACUCAUCUCCUAAAGAAAUCAAUGAAUGCCUAGUUGAAAAAUCCUCCUUGGUGUUGGAGGCGUCAGAAGAAAUCAAAGCAAAUGAAGAGACAACUAUUAGUGAUUCAGAUUCUGUAUCUGUUGCGGUGGCAACAGAAGAAAUGUGCUUGAAAGAAACUGAACCAGGAGAAGAAAAGCAAGUAGAAUGUCUUGGUCCUGCUUUUGAAGAGAAGAGCAUAAUAGGAACUGAAACAAAAGAGACAAUGGUGGAAAACGUAGAUAUUGAUGAGAAACCAGUGGACAUAUCCAACUUAGGUGAGAAGAGUGACAAGGAGAUUCCAACAGCAGCAGCUCAAGCUACAGAAAAAAUAGAAAACAUAAAGGAAAAUGAAGUUCCUCAUGCGGGGAGCGAAGAUAAAAAAGACGCCACCACUGAUGAGAUGCCCUUGGAAGAAACAUCAGAAGAAGUGGAAUGUUCUUCAACGACAUCAAAAGAACAAGAAUUCAUGACCAGUGAAGCGAAAGAGACAACAAAUCCAUCAAAUGUUUCUGAAUUGGAGCCUGUAGACACUGAAAAGGAACCUGCAAAUGAGGAAGUCCAGAAAGAGAGGUUUGAGGAUCUGUAUGUCCAUCCUGAGUUGGACGAAGAUAAGCCUCUCUCUGUAUCAGAAGAUGUUGAAAUCUCAAAGAGAGAAGAGGCUAGAGAACUAGCAGAUCACACUGAUGAUUGCACAUCAAAGACUUUGGAAGAUGUUGAAUCAUCCAUUCCAACACCAACAAGGGAAAAAACUGAAGAUGCAAAUCCAGUUGAUGAGGCACUGAAAUCUACUGGAACUUCUGUUAUAUGUACUGAAAUUGGAAAGGAUAUCCUUGAAAAAGAGAUAUUUGAAGGCAAAGAAGGUGUUGAAGUUGAAAAGGAAGUAAUUGAACAGAAAGGAGAAGCUAAUAGCCAGAGACAAGAAGAAAUAGACACCAAAUAUACAGCUGAAGAGAUUGUUAAAUCAGCUGAUCGUGAUCAGAUGCUUCAACAUGCCUCUGAAGCUGGGGCUGAAGACGAAAGUAAUGAAAUACUCCAUGAAUCUCACAAGAACCAAACUGAGGAAAACUGUAGUGACAUCCAGAAUCAAGAAAAUGAAAAUGAGAUACAUGAGAAAGAGGAACUGAAAUUGGAGGCUGAUGACGGGAAAGAACAAAAUGCAAAUGAGACGAUAAAGGCUGUCAACUUAGCUGAAGAAGCACUUGAGGGAGUUGAGCAAUCAAAUGAUAGUGAAGACAUCAAAGAACCAGUUGUAGAGGAAGAACAUGGAAUAAAUGAACUUCCUGUAUUAUCCAUUGUAGGUGAAAGAACUGAUGAGGUGCAAGACUCUUCUCCAGUAUACAGUGAAUACACCAGCACAGUGGACUCCAAAGAGAAGACGGAAACAGAAAGUUCAAAGGUGGAAGAAAGUUCAAUCUCGGAAAGAGAAGCAUCCUUUAUAAAACAAUCAGAAGAACAAAAAGUACAAGACUGUAGUAUUGAGCCACCAGCUGAGUCGGAUGAGAAGAUUAAGGAUAUUACAGAGAGUUCACAAAACCAUAAUGCAACUCUGACAACAGUGACAGAAACAAUCCUAGGGGAAGCUCAGCUACAUGACAAGCUUGUUACGGACCAAGGUGAGCCAUGUCCAGAAACAAAUGAAAUUGAGUAUACUCAACAGGGUAAAGAAGUUAACAGCAUGAAAAUUGAAGAAACCUCCAGUGACUUGACAUCUGAACUUCAGACUAAGGAUCUUGGCCUUGCAAAAACGGAGAGUAUAACUGUGGAAAAUAUAGUGACAGGUGAACCAGAGGAAAUCAAAAUUGUUUCUGCAGCAGUUUAUGAGUCCAAAGGUCAGGGUGCAGAAGAAAAUGAUUUUGAGAAAAGCCUAACAGUGGAAAAGCUGGAUCAAGUUCCAGCUAAUGAUCAUAAUAAUGCAGAGAAAAAGAAUGAAGCGACAGAAAAUUUAUAUACAGUUGAAGCUGAGGAAAACAAAGUUGCCUCUAAUGCAGUUGAUGAGACCCAAAAUCAGGGCUCUGAAGGAACUGCUGAAACCAGGAACAGCCAAACUAUAGUGACGAUGGACCAGGUCCCAUCUAGUAAUUGUGAGCAUGCAGAUGAUGAUAGUCCGAUGCUGGAAACUCCAAAUGCGGAUGAAGUUAAUGAAGCCAAAGUAGUCGGAGAAGCAAUAUCUGAGUCCAAUGAUCAAGGCACUGAAGAAUCCGGGGAAAGCCCAAGUGUUGAGAAGCUGGACUACGUCCCCACUUCUAACUCUGAGGAUGUAGUGGAAGGAGAUGUGCGUGAGGAAAAUCCAGAAACAGAUGGCAUUUCGGAAACCAAAAUAGCUCUUGAUAUAGUUUACCAGUCCAAAGAGCAAGGCACAAAUGACAGUGAUGAAACUGGGAAAAGCCCAACUGCAGAGAAGCCAGAUGCAGAUAAAAGCGAAGAAGCUUGCAAAGAAACAGCCGACAAUGGAGUUAUUGGAGCACAAGGUAUAGAUCCUGUUGCAAAAGAUGAAAUUGCUGCUGACCAGACUCCCUUGGCAGAGAAAUUGGAGGAGCGGAUUCUGACCCUAACCUCUGAAUUGCCUUUCGAGCAUGGAGCUACAACAACAGUUGAGAACAUAGAAGAAGAGAAAACAGAAAAAAUGGUGAAGCUGGAAGAUGAGGGUCCUGAAGAUUCUUCAGCUGCAAAGUCAACAGAAGAGAUUAGCUCGCACAUGGAAGUAUCAAGAGAGCUUGAAGUUUCCACACUGGGGCUUACAACCAACAAAAUCAUAGAGGAGAGUCCAACUGAAUUACACAGAGAAGAAAGCCAGACCCCUGAUGGAGAUAUACAACUAGAGCAUCCAGAAGAUGAGAAUAAGAUAAAGUGUAUUGAUUCUUUGUCAGAAAGUAAAGACAUCGUAGACGUAGCUAGACCAACUGAGAAAGCUUGUGAUCUCAAAUCGGAGACAAGCGAAAAGGCUUUUGAAUCAUUCCUGGAAUCAGACGUCAGUGACAUGAGGGCUGAAGAAAUCCAGUGCCAGAAAACAAGUGAAGCUUCGAAAGAAGAGAUCAAAGAGGAAAAGGAGGUCGCCGAAACUUAUCAACCAAAUUCCCUUAGUGAAGAAAAAAUGAAAGAGGGCCUUCAAGAAGAUGAACUAAAGCCAGGAGAAUGUACUGGAGAGAAGAUAAAUAUAAUAUCGGACACCACAGUCACUGGAAGUCAAGCCGAAGAGCUGCCUAUGGAAACUGGAAAGGCUACUGCAAGCGAGACAAUUAUAGAACAAGUUGAUGAAGAUAGAAGUCUUGAGGACCCGGAUCGAGUUUCUGCUGGGAACAAGAUAACAAAAGAGAGUUUUCCAAAUGAAUCAACAGGAAAAAAUGUUGAGGAGUCAGCAAUCAAAUUGGAUUCCAUCAAUCAGGAGAGCUUUGAAAAUGGCAUGACAGGAGCCAGAACUGAAAUAGAUGAGGAAUGCAAUACAGAGAUAUUACAAAAAGAAAGUUUCGAGGAGUUUGAAGGAGGGAGCAAACUCAUUCAAGAAACUCAGAAGUCAGAGGAAACCUCCUUUGCAACAAGUGAAAAGCAAAUAACGAGAGAAGCAAAUACCAUUGACUGCCCAGAAACACUGGCUUCAAUUGGCAAUGAGCAUGUUCCACCAGUCCUCCAGGAAGGAAUCUUAGAAACCUCACAGAACGUUGAAGCAGAAGAUUUCACUAAAGGGGUUCGUUCAGAAGCCAAAGAAGUCAGGCAUGGAGAAGACAUAAUUAAAGAGUCCACAUUGGUGGAUUCAGAUAAAGCUUUAUCGUCAAACCUCUUUCAGAAAUCCACGAAAGUGGAUGAAGAUGUCAAGAAAGAGAGAGAACCAACAGGCGGCAAAGAAGAAAUGCAAAAUGAAGAAGCAGAAAGCUAUGAAGAGGAAGGAGAUGAACAUAAGAAGACAGAUUCGGGGUCUGAUGCUCCAGUGAUGGUAGAGGCCUCUAGAGAUAUGGAAGUUAAGGUUGUUGCACAUAAGAAAUCUAUAUUAUCAGGUGUUGGAUCAAAGGUCAAGCAUUCAAUUUCAAAGGUGAAGAAAGCAAUUACUGGUAAAUCCUCUCACCACUCAAAGCCAGUGUCACCGAAAUGAAGUAAGUUUGUGAUCAGUGACUGCCAGCAAUUAAAAUAGAGGUCAGUAGUAAGAUGUAAAUGUAGUUGGUAUUGAAGAGGUGGUUUGAACAAAAUUUGCAAAGUUUGAGAUUGUUAGAAGUGAAAGUAGAGGCGUGGAAGAGAUUAUUGUUUGAAUGAAAUUUACAAAGGUUUGAGUGUGGAGUGUA